CAGGUCCUCAAUGGGCAGGCGAGAAAGUGGGGGUCGGCCGGCGCCGUAGAGCGGGGCGGGGCCGGCCGGAGUAGGAGCGGUCCCUGCACCAGGGGGCGGGGCCUACUCAGAGCACCCGCCGGCCACCUGGUUCUGUCCCAGUUGCAGUGGCCCGAGGCUCUCGGUUUCCCCUGCUCCGGUAGCUCUGGCGGAGUCUGCGCGAUGGGAGACCCGGAAAGGCCGGAAGCGGCCAGGCCCCAGCCAGAGGAGAGGUUAUCUUCAGAUACCAAUGAAAAUGAAGCAAAGUCAGAUGAAGAGCCGCUCCUAAGAAAGAGUUCUCGUCGAUUUGUCAUCUUUCCAAUCCAGUACCCUGACAUUUGGAAAAUGUAUAAACAGGCACAGGCAUCCUUCUGGACCGCAGAAGAGGUUGAUUUAUCAAAGGAUCUUCCUCACUGGAACAAGCUUAAAUCAGAAGAGAAGUAUUUUAUUUCUCACAUCUUAGCCUUUUUUGCAGCCAGUGAUGGAAUUGUGAAUGAAAAUUUGGUGGAGCGCUUUAGUCAGGAAGUACAGGUUCCGGAGGCUCGCUGUUUCUAUGGCUUUCAAAUUCUCAUCGAGAAUGUUCACUCAGAGAUGUACAGUUUGCUAAUAGACACUUACAUCAGAGAUCCCAAGAAAAGAGAAUUUUUAUUUAAUGCAAUUGAAACAAUGCCAUAUGUUAAGAAAAAAGCAGAUUGGGCCUUGAGAUGGAUAGCAGAUAGAAAAUCUACUUUUGGGGAAAGGGUGGUGGCCUUUGCUGCUGUAGAAGGAAUUUUCUUCUCGGGAUCUUUUGCUGCUAUAUUCUGGCUAAAGAAAAGAGGACUCAUGCCCGGACUCACUUUUUCCAAUGAGCUCAUCAGCAGAGAUGAAGGGCUUCACUGCGACUUUGCUUGCCUGAUGUUUCAAUACUUAGUAAAUAAGCCUUCAGAAGAAAGGGUUAGGGAGAUCAUUGUUAAUGCCGUUGAAAUUGAGCAGGAGUUUUUAACAGAAGCCUUGCCAGUUGGCCUCAUUGGAAUGAAUUGUGUUCUGAUGAAACAGUAUAUUGAGUUUGUAGCUGACAGAUUGCUUACAGAACUUGGAUUCUCAAAGAGAUAAUGUACCUGAAUUUUCAUGUGUGUUUUUCACGUGAGAUGGAGGCUGCAGCCAGACUACCUGGGUUUGAAUCCUGAUUCCACCACUUUCUAGCAGUGUGACCUUAGGCAAAUUGCUUAACCACUGUCUCAGUUUCCUCAUCUGUAAAAUGAAGAUAAUAGUAAUAAUCCUUACCACAGAUUAUUGGAGAAGGAAAGGGCAACCCACUCCAGUAUUCUUGCCUGGAGAAUGCCAUGGACAGAGGAGCCCGGUGGGCUACAGUCCAUGGGGUCUCAAAGAGUCGGACACGACUGAGGACACACGCAGCACACAUUAUUGCUGAUGAGCUGGUACACCUAAUGCACUUAAAAUAGCGUCAGACAUACAGUAAGUGAACACCACAUGGUCACGUUGUAGUCACUGUAACAUUCAUCACAAUUUACUGUGUAUUAAUAUUAUACUGUUAAUUAGAAAUGUUCGGUUCUGAUUUCUCAUGGAAAUGGAAGUUUAAAUUAUUGAGAAGCCUUAUAAAAUCCAUGAUGCUUGUGGGUAAUCAUUAACUCUCUUGAUAAAGCACUUAUUUUCUGGUAACUAUACAAAUAUUGUGAUGAGAAUCAGAUGGGACAAAGGUUUUUGGUAACUAUAAAUUGUAAAAUAUCACUAUUUAUAUUGUUUUAGUUGCAAGAUCCUCUCUUUGCUGAUCAUUAAUGAGAUAAAUAAAGAUUUUAAUUACAUUAAUAUGACCUCUGAAAUUUAUAAAUUGUGUAUUAAAAGAAAUUGUUUUUGUUUCUAAGUUACAUGUUUAUCAUAAUAAAAUAAAUUUGCUUACUUAAACCUUAAAAUAAACUCACUAUGUUUUAACGCAUCACCAUAUCUUUACACCCACACAUCCACCUUCUACUUAUUGGAAAAUUACAGACCUGUGGGUCUAGUUUUCCUUGGAAAAUUUGCUAAUUGUAAGUAUAUGAAACAUGCCUCCUACGGAGAAAAGUUGGACACAGCACAAAAUCUCAGAUCUCCACAGGCCUUCAAACUAUCUCAGUAAAUUCUAAAAAGCGGAAAUUAUACUGACUCUUAGAUUUUAAUGCAAUAAAAUUAGGAAGUAAUAAUAAAAGAUUACCAGAAAGUUCCAUCUACUUAGAAGUCAAAACUAUGUCCUUUAAAAUGAGAUUAAAAAUGAAAAUAUAAACUAAAUGACAAUAAGAUUACUGUAUAUCACAAUUUGUAGAAUGCAACCAAACAGAUCCUCAGAGGAAAAUUUGUAUCAUUGAAGGCAUAUAUUAAGAAAGCAAAACAAUUUAAAAUACAUGAGCUAAAAAACUUUGAACUCAAGGAGCUAGAAAAGGAAUUAUUCUUAUAAUGAUAGUUUUUGGGCUUCCCUGGUGGCUCAGACAGUAAAGAAUAUGCCUGUAAUGUGAGAGACCUGGGGUCAAUCUCUGGGUUGGGAAGAUCCCCUGGAGAAGGGAAUGGCAACGCACUCCAGUAUUCUUGCUUGAGAAUUCCAUGGACAGAGGAGCCUGCUGGGCUACCAUCCAUGGGGUCUUAAAGAGCUGGCUACAACUGAGGGACCAACACAUUUCGGUAAAAUAAGAGAUUAUUUAAAUCAGCAAGUGGUUGUCACUUAUACAAAAUUCCAAAUAGAAGCCACAUUAAUGUUGUUUUCAACUUAGUUUUGGAUUAGUCAGUAAAUAUUCAAGUACUUCUGUGUGUCAAAAUGAAGCUACUUGAUUUAGGUUGGUCUUAGUCACUCUGUUCAUGCCAUGAAUGAUUUGGAAGAUACUCAGUUUUAAAAUCUAGUGAAUCUAUGCCUACUGUCCAGUGCGCUUUCCACUGUAUUCUGCCAUGAGUGAACACUCAGAAUUUUUACUGCCUUUUAACACUAUUUCUGACAGUUUCACAGAGUUCCACUACAUCAACCUUGCCCAGCAUGUCUUUUUUUUUUGGAAAAAAAAAUACACAUAGCUUUAUUAAGAUGUAAAUUACAGAAUAUGCAAUAUGCCUAUUAAUAAAUGUACAAUUCAGUGGGUUUUAGUAUAUUUUCAGAGUUGUGCAACUAUUACAAUCUAUUUGAGAGCAUUUUUAUCACUCCACAAAAAGAUUCUAUUCCCAGUUAGCAGUCAGUCACUUACCUUUGUUUCUUCCACCCCGCAUAUCCCUGCUGUUUCUGCUUAGUUGCAGCGUCAGUAGUGUCAGACUCUGUGUGACCCUGUGGACUGCAGCCUGCCCGGCUCCUCUGUCCAUGGGAUUCUCCAGGCAAGGGUACUAGAGGGGGUUGUUAUGCCCUCCUCCAGGGGAUCUUCCCAACCCAGGGAUCGAACCCUGGUCUCCUGCCCUGCAGACAGACUCUUUACCCUUGAGCCACCAGAGAAGCCCCCACCAUAGCCUAGGCAUUACUAAUCUAGUUUUUGUCUCUUUAGAUCUGCCUGUUCUAUAAUUCCCACUUCAUAUAAAUAGAAUCAUACAAUAUAUAGUACAUACCGUAUACUGGUAUAUGGUAUAUACAAAGUCAAUAUAAUGUUUUAAAGUUUCAUUCAUGUAGGCAUGUAUCAGUAUUUUUUUCCUUAUUUUGGCCAAAUAAUAUUGCAUUGUAUGAUUAUAACUAAUUUUGUUUAUCCAUUUAUUGGUUGAUGGUGGCAUUUGGGUGGCAUUUUUUGGCUAUUAUGAAUAACACUGCUAUUAACAUUCUUGUAUAAGUUUUUGUGGGAAAAUAUGUUUUCAUUUAUCUUGAUAUAUAACUAGAAGUGAAACUGUUGAGUCAUAUAGUGACUUUAUCUUUAAUCAUUAGAGGAACUAUCAGACUGCAUUAUUUUAUAUUAAUACCAGCAGUAUAUGAGGGUUCCAAUUUCUCCACAUCCUCACUAACACUUAUUAUCUUUUUUUCCCUUCCAGUUUUGUUGAAAUAUAAUUGACAUAUAGUGUUGUUUAAGUUCAAGGUAUAUAGCAUAAUGAUAUUACUUCCAUACAUCAUGAAGUGAUGACCACAAUAAGUUGUCUUUUACACACCUACAGCCAUCCUGUGUGCUUAGUCGCUAAGUCAUGUCCAACUCUUUGCGACCCAUGGACCAUAACCUGCCAGGCUCCUCUGUCCAUGAGAUUUCCCAGGCAAGAUUACUGGAGUGGGUUGCCAUUUCCUUCUCCAGGGGAUCUUCCCAGCCCAGGGAUUGAACCCAGGUCUCCUGCAUUGCAGGCAGAUUCUUUACCAUAUGAGCCUUCAGAGAAGCCUUAACAGCCAUCCUAGUGUGAUGUGGUGUGAAAUGAUAUCUUAUUGUGGUCUUGAUUUGCAUCUCCCUAAUGGAUAAUGAUUUUGAGCAUCUUUUCAUAUACUUAUUGACCUUUUGUAGAUGUUCUUUAGAGCAUUUAUCCAUUCAGAUCCUUUGCCCAUUUUAAUUGGGUUAUUUGAAUAUGUUCUUUUCCGUGGUAUUCAUAAUUACUGCCUGAAUAGUCCAAAUUUAAAGAAUUCUCUUUUAUUGUUCCUCAUGAAUCAUCAAUAUAUCUCAGUUUCCAUCAAGCUGUAUCUCCAACCCUGCUUCUUGAAUUCAGAAGCGGUGAAAAAGCUUCUUGUCAAUAUGUGUUCCAUUUUUUGUUUGGGGUUACAGUAGAUAGCAUUUAGUCUGUCUUCCCUGGUCAUGGUUCCUUAACAGCAAUUUGAAGAUUACAUGUCUCCUGUGAACUGAGAAACAUAUUUAGGUCCACAGUACAUUGUUGGUGACAUAGUAUUUUGUAGUAUCAUGUAGAUGUGCCAGCCCAGUGGUUGUUGCUUGGUCACUAAGUCGUGUCCAACUCUUUGGACCCCACGAACUGCCACAUGCCAGGCUUCCACGUCCUUCAUUAUCUCUUGAAGUUUGCUUAAACUCAUGUCCAUUGAUACAUUUAUGCCUUCCAACCACCUCAUUCUCUGUCGCCCCCUUCUCCUUCCACCCUCACUCUUUUCCAGCUUCAGGGUCUUUUCUAAUGAGUUGGCUCUUCGCAUAAUAGUAAUACCUGUGAAAAAUGCCUAUAAUAUCUUUGGUGUUUUAGAGUUCUCAAGCUGUGAAAACAUUUUAGUUUGGUAUUAAAUCUUCUAUUUCCUGCAAUAAUCUUUUUUUUUCUUUCAAUUUCUGAGAAUACCAGAGUUGCUAGUUUAGUUUCUUUAAGAGGCUAGUAGGCGAUCUUAGAUGUCAUCUUAAAUGUAUCAGUCAUCUUAAAAUGUAUCAGUCUUAAAUACUCCGGCCUGGUGCACUGGGAAGACCCAGAGGGAUCAGUAGAGAGGGAGGUGGGAGGGGGGAUCGGGAUGGGGAAUACAUGUAAAUCCAUGGCUGAUUCAUGUCAAUGUAUGACAAAAACCACUACAAUACUGUAAAGUAAUUAGCCUCCAACUAAUAAAAAUAAAAAAAAUAAAAAUAAAAAAAAUGUAUCAGUCUUGACUGCCUCCAGGACCCUAGGGAAUAUGUGAUCGCCAGAUGAUGAUACAUGGUGUUGGGAGACCCAAGUUAUCUGUUGCUCUUCUUAUGUGAUGCAAUUUGCUUCUUCAGAAUGUCUAACA